AUGGUUGCUCUUUGGAGGAUCAGCUGCUGGGUUAUGGCGGUUUCAAGGUUGUUCAAGAGGUUUUGCGGUCUACACAAAGCUAAUGCCAGAAUCCAAGCAUGCCUACCUGGCUACAUACAUAGAAGAGCCUUAUCAGACUCCAAGGUAUUCAACAAUGGCGAUGAUACGGUGCUUCCGGUUCUGAUAGUAGGUGCAGGACCUGUGGGUCUUGUUCUGUCUAUACUUUUAACAAAACUAGGGGUCAAAUGUUCAGUUUUGGAGAAAAGCAAAACUUUCUCAAAACAUCCGCAGGCACACUUCAUCAACAAUCGGUCCAUGGAGGUGUUCCGUAAAUUGGAUGGCCUCUCAGAGGAGAUUCAGAGGUCUCAACCACCAGUAGAUUUAUGGAGGAAGUUCAUAUAUUGCACUUCGCUCUAUGGUUCAAUUCUUGGGUCAGUGGACCAUAUGCAACCCCAAGAUUUUGAGCAAGUUGUCAGCCCGGCCUCUGUUGCACACUUCUCGCAGUACAAGCUAAUUAGUUUACUACUUAAGGAGCUUGAAAAUCUCAGCUUCAAGUUAUGUAUGUCUAACGAGUUGGAAGGCCUUAACCAUAGGCCUUUUCAGGAAAGGCAACUAUUAAUGGGGCAUGAGUGUGUUUCCAUUAAAGCCAAUGAUGAUUUUAUUUCUGUGACUGCAUCUUUUCUCAAAGAUGGGAAACGUAUGGAGAGGAAUAUCAGAUGUAAUAUCAUUGUUGGUACAGAUGGUGCUGGAAGUACUGUACGUAAGCUGGCUGGAAUAGAUAUGAGAGGUAAGAGGGACUUGCAGAAGCUUGUGAGUGUCCAUUUCUCUAGCAGGGAUCUUGGGAAGUACUUGCUCAGUGAGAGACCCGGCAUGCUGUUUUUUAUCUUCAAUACUGAAGCUAUAGGUGUCCUUGUCGCUCAUGAUCUCAAGCAAGGGGAGUUUGUUUUGCAGAUUCCAUUUUAUCCACCUCAGCAAAACCUUGAAGAUUUCAGUCCCGAGAUAUGUGAGGAAUUAAUCUUCAAUUUGGUUGGUCGAGAGCUAAGUGACAUAAAUGUAAUUGACAUAAAACCAUGGGUGAUGCAUGCUGAAGUUGCUGAGAAGUUCAUAAGUUGUGGAAACCGAAUAAUACUUGCUGGUGAUGCUGCCCAUCGAUUCCCUCCUGCUGGAGGAUUUGGAAUGAAUACUGGAAUUCAAGAUUCUCAUAAUCUUGCUUGGAAAAUAGCUUCUGUAGUGAAGGGUAUUGCACCAUCUUCAAUACUUCAUACUUAUGAAACAGAACGUAGGCCGAUUGCCAUUUUCAAUACAGAACUUAGCAUUCAGAACUUUAAAGCAGCCAUGACUGUUCCAGCAGCACUUGGUCUUGAUCCAACUGUUGCAAAUUCUGUACAUCAAGUCAUAAAUGAGGGGGUUGGUUCCAUCUUACCAUCUGGACUACAGAGGGCCAUUUUGGAUGGAAUUUUCACUAUAGGUCGUGCACAACUAUCGGAAUCUCUUUUGAAUGAAAAAAACCCACUUGGAUCUUCAAGGCUUGCUAAUCUAAGACGGAUAUUUGAAGAAGGAAAGAGUCUCCAACUCCAGUUCCCAGCAGAGGAUCUUGGUUUCAGGUACCUAGAAGGUGCACUUAUUCCUGAUACUGAUGAUGCACUGGGUGCUCCAGAAGGACCUACUGGUCGCCGAAGGGACUAUGUUCCUUCUGUAGAUCCAGGUUCAAGGCUACCCCACAUGAAUGUGGCGAUAUUGUCAAAUUCCUCAAGUGAGGUUACUAUUUCUACACUGGAUCUUAUAUCUGGAGACAAAAUUGAGUUUCUCCUCAUCAUAGCACCAGCAGACUCGUCCUACCAUCUUGCUCAUGCUGCAUUCAAAGUCGCCGAGGAAUUCAAAGUUUCUGCGAGGGUUUGCGUCUUGUGGCCUGCUGGUAGUGUUAAACAAGUUGAAGCAGGAAGUAAGGCAUUAUUGACGCCCUGGGAGAAUUACAUAGAUGUUGUGGAAGUUAAAAAGUCAUCGAAUCCAUCAUCAUGGUGGGAUCUCUGUCAAAUGACUGACAAAGGAGCCAUCCUAGUUCGGCCUGAUGAGCAUGUUGCUUGGCGUGUGAAGUCUGGGGUUGUUGGGGAUCCCAUAACAGAAAUGAGAAGGGUUUUUUCUGCUACUUUGGGCGUAAAACCGCAUAAUAGGAGAGAUCAAGAAGCUGAUCGAUGA